AUAUCAAUUUCCAAAUUAAUGUGCUCUCCCUAACUCAGCGCACACCUUGAAAAUAUAGAAAAAGAAUACCUAGUCCCUCUAGUGUCUACAAGUGAAAUAUGGGUGGUUUUGUCCGAAGCUUUUGUCCCAAGGGAUUCAUUCUUACAAUUAGUCUGUGCUCAUUUUUUGCUCUAAUCUUAGCUAUUGACCAUAUCUAUCAACAGCCAGACCCGGAGUAUUGUUUCCCAGGAACACACCCAAAGUGCCACACCGACCAAGAGUGUGUAAUCAUUUGUCAAAAGAUUGGCAAAGCUACUGGGGUUUGCACGCCAACACCUCCUGAUCUCAUUGAAGUCUGUUGUUGUUCAUUCACAUGAAUCAUUUGUGAAAACAUUGAAAUAAUAUUCAUUAUUUCAAUGACGAACAGAUUGAAAUCCCUAAAUAUUCAUUAGUGUAGUAUUAAUUUGUUUCUUCUAAUAAUAAUAUCGAUCUCUUAAGCGUAGAGAUAAGACUCGAAAAUUAGAUGUAAAGAAGCUUGGAGUGGCAUCCUUGCCACUAAAUUGCACUAACUUGCAUCCAUAAUUUCUUUUCUACUUUUAAUUACUCCGUAUAACUUAAUAUGAAAACAAAUGCAACUUAAUCCCCGUCAUUGAUCUUUCUCCCUCUUUUGUACAUACCAUACCAAACUCCUCCCUCCAUUCCUAAACAACUAUCUAUUAUGAACUUUUCGAUACAUUAAGAAUCAAAUGAAUGUAGACAUAAUGUUUGUCCACAUUCAAAGCAUAUGGCAGACCAUACCUCUGCCAUCCUCUUCUGAACACCCAGAGAACUGUAUAUACUGUUUGUACAUCACAGACGUUGAACAAUGGUGAAGAGAAAUAGAAUACAACAACAAAACAGAUGCUGUGAUAACAUCUUUCAGGGGCGCCAAGAGGUUUUUCGUGCACAAAGGAUACCCUCCUUAUUUUGAGCAAAAGUCAUUCGAAUCUCCCAAUUCAAGCUCCUCAAUAUCCCCUCAAGUGAAUCGAGUAUCUCUACUUUGUCGCGUACAAUGGCCCAACCGCCAGGCCUUAAUAUACGGUCCAUCUCAGCUACAAUAACUACAGGUUGUUUAC